UUGGCAAAAAGUGGAAUGUGAGGGAGCAAAACAAGUAACAAGGAUGAAAUGUCAAACGGUGCUUCUCUAACUUUUCAAACAUGCGUUCUGAAUUUUCCAAGAGUGGACGGACAUGUUCCUUCUACUUCUAGAUCUACAUGUUUGUUAAUUUAUAAAUGUCUUAACAUAAUAAUAAUUAGGCAGGAAGACGGAAGAGAACUGAGAGUUGAUGAUUCUAAAAUCUAAACACUUAAUCAGUAUCUAACUAUUCCAAAGUUGUGGUCGCAUGAUGUUUGGGUGCCGCAGCAACAUGUUCCUCUUCAACAACAACCAUGUUCUCGUUAGUACCUUUCUUCUCUUCCUAUCUCUGUUUCGUUCCUCAGCAACUCCCAUUUACAACGCCAAUUACUGCCCAAGCAACGCAUCGUACCAAUCCAACGCAACUUUCGAAGCCAAUCUAAGGGUUCUCCUCGCCUCUCUCGUCUCCAACGUUUCCAAUUCUGACGGCUCCUAUUACUCGGCCAUGGGCAUGGGAACCACAAGCGUCGCCAACGGCCAAUUCCUCUGCCGCGGCGACCUCUCCAUCGCCACGUGUCAGGACUGCAUCACCACCGCCGCCACCGAGAUAAGGCGCCGCUGCCCCAACAAAACGGAGUCCGUCAUAUGGUACGACGAGUGCACGCUCCGUUUCACCAACCUAUACUUCGCUCCCACCACCGUCUUCCCUGGAGCGAUGUUGCCGGAUGACAAGAACAUCUCUGCCUCCGACAUGGACAGUUUCAACCGCACGUUGUUCGGUUUGUUGAACGACUUGGUAGAAGAGACUGCGAAUUCCCACUCGGCGAGGAAAUUCUCCGCCGGCGAAAGCGAAUUCGCGAGGUCCUCGACGGUGUAUGGGUUCAUGGAGUGCGAGCCGGACUUAACGAGUGCUCAGUGUAAGGAGUGUUUGCAAAACGCCGUUUCGACGCUUCCGUCGUGCUGCGGAGGCAAACAGGGCGCGAGGGCUCUGCUUGUGUGGUGCAGUGUUAGAUACGAAUUGUACCGUUUUUACAAUACUACCGACAAAUCGCCUUCUUCAGGAAAUAAUAAAUCUGUAUUACGAAUAGUCUUGAUUGUUGUCUCUGUUGUUGUGUGGAUAAUUCUCUUGUGCUGUAUCGGCUAUUUCAUAUUGAAAAGAUCCAGGAAGAAAUACAGAACUCUUCUGAGGGAAAAUUUUGGAGAAGAAAGCGCCACUUUAGAGUCUUUACAAUUUAGCUUGACCACAAUUGAAACUGCCACAAAAAGGUUUUCACAUGAAAAUAAAAUAGGUGAAGGUGGAUUUGGGGCAGUUUAUAAGGCUAUCCUACCGGAUGGACGAGAAAUAGCCGUUAAAAAACUCUCACAAGGAUCGGGACAAGGUGCAACAGAAUUUAAAAAUGAGAUUUUAUUGAUAGCAAAACUUCAACAUAGAAAUUUAGUCACAUUGCUUGGAUUUUGUUUGGAAGAACAAGAGAAAAUGCUUAUUUAUGAAUUUGUACCCAAUAAAAGUCUUGACUACUUCCUAUUUGAUCCCUAUAAAAGUAGCCAAAUGAGUUGGUCACAACGCUACAAAAUUAUUGAAGGAAUUACACAAGGAAUUCUAUAUUUACAUGAACAUUCACGAUUAAAAGUUAUACACCGAGAUCUUAAACCUAGUAAUGUAUUAUUGGAUAAUAACAUGAAUCCAAAGAUUUCAGAUUUUGGAAUGGCAAGGAUUGUCGCUAUAGAUCAACAUCAAGGAAAAACAAAUAGAAUCGUCGGAACAUAUGGUUAUAUGUCUCCAGAAUAUGCAAUGCGUGGAGAAUUUUCUGAGAAAUCAGAUGUUUAUAGUUUCGGAGUUAUAAUUUUGGAGAUAAUUAGCGCAAAAAGAAACAUGAGUUCUAAUUUUCCAGAUCAUGAUGACCUCUUGAGUUAUGCUUGGGAACAAUGGAGAGGUCAAACACUAUUAAACAUAUUAGACUCAAAUAUUAAGGAAUCUUGCGAUCAGAGUGAAGUCAUUAAAUGCAUCCAAAUUGGUUUAUUAUGUGUACAAGAGAAGCCAUACGACAGGCCUACAAUGACACAAGUUAUUUCAUAUCUCAGUAGUUCUAUAACCGAGUUGCCAUAUCCUGAAAAACCAAUUAAUUCUAAACAAAGUGGAAUAGUUCAAAAAAGGAUGGUAGGAGAAUCGAGUUCAGGUUCGACAUUAUCAAAUAAUGAAAUGUCUCUGAGCAUGUUUUUAGAUUUUCUUACCAACAUGCUUCUCUUCAACAUCAAUUGUGUAACUGUAACCUCGUUUCUGCUCCUCUCUCUAUUGGGAUCACUCCCAUCCCCAACCUUAGGGUCUCCGAAUUACAACGACAUUUACUGUCCAAACAACGCAACCUACGAAUCCAACACCACAUUCCAAACCAAUCUCAAUGUCCUCCUCGCUUCUCUCACCUCCAACGCCACCCAAGGCGUUGACUCCUACGCCACCAUCAUGGGCUUCGGAACCACCAACGCCGUCAACGGCCUCUUCAUCUGCCGCGCCGACCUCUCCUCCGCCACCUGCCGCGACUGCGUCGCCACCGCCGCCGCAGACUUCACGCGGCGCUGCCCCAACCAGACGGAGUCCGUAAUCUGGUACGACGAGUGCACGGUACGUUACACGAACCGCUACUUCAACCCUACCGGCAUCGUUCCAAGGGCGAACCUGUGGGACGACAAGAACAUCUCGGCCUCGGAUUGGCGAAGCUUCAACCAAACGUUGUUUGGCUUGUUGAACAGCUUGGCUACCGAAGCUGCCGGUUCCCAGUCAGAGACGAAAUUCGCGAGCGGGGAGGUUAACUUCACGGCCUCUUCGCGCGUGUAUGGGUUGGCGCAGUGCGGGGUUGGCAUGACGAAUUCUCAGUGUGAAGCGUGUUUGGUGAAUGCCUCGAAAACUCUUGCCACGUGUUGCCAACGAAAACAGGGUGCAAGAGCUCUGCUUGCGUCGUGUAACGUUAGAUACGAAUUGUAUCAGUUUUACAACACUAGUGCUGCGUCCCCUCCGGUUUCUCCUGCUCCGCAAGGAAAGAAGAAAUCAGGGUCUCCAAGUGCUGUCGUAAUUGUUGUUCCUGUCGUGGUGGUUUCGAUAAUUCUCUUUUGUUCGGUCUGCUAUUUUCUCGUGAGAAGAUCAAGGAAGAAUUAUAACACUCUUUUAAAAGAAAAUUUUGGGGAUGAAAGUGCCACUUUAGAGUCAUUACAAUUUAAUUUGGCAACAAUUGAAGUCGCUACAAAGAAAUUUUCAUAUGAGAACAAAAUAGGCAGGGGAGGAUUUGGAGAGGUUUAUAAGGGUAUUCUUAUUGAUGGAAGACAAAUAGCUGUGAAAAAACUUUCUCGUAGCUCAGGACAAGGUGCCGUAGAGUUUAAGAAUGAGAUUUUACUGAUAGCUAAGCUUCAACAUAGAAAUUUGGUGGCAUUGAUAGGAUUUUGCUUGGAAGAUCAAGAAAAAAUGCUCAUUUAUGAAUAUGUACCCAAUAAAAGUCUUGAUUACUUUUUAUUUGAUCGUCACAAGACUAGAUUGUUAAAUUGGGAUGAACGUUACAAAAUUAUUGAAGGAAUUGCACAAGGAAUACUUUACCUACAUGACCAUUCAAGGUUGAAAGUUAUACAUCGUGAUCUUAAACCUAGUAAUGUAUUGUUAGAUAACAAUAUGAAUCCAAAAAUAUCGGAUUUUGGCAUCGCAAGAAUGAUCGCUUUAGAACAAGAUCGAGGAAGUACAAAUAGAAUUGUGGGAACCUACGGUUACAUGUCUCCAGAAUAUGCAAUGCACGGACAAUUUUCUGAAAAAUCAGAUGUUUUUAGUUUUGGAGUCAUAGUUUUGGAGACAAUAAGUUCAAAAAGGAAUGCUCGUUCUCUAUUAUCAGAUAAUGUUGACGAUCUAUUAAGUGAUGCGUGGAGACAAUGGAGAGAUGAAACACCAUUAAAAAUAUUGGAUCAAGAUAUAGAAGAAUCUAGCAAUCAUAAUGAAGUUGUCAAGUGCAUUCAGAUUGGUCUAUUAUGUGUCCAGGAUAAACCAAGUGAUAGACCAACGAUGGCAAAAGUUGUCUCUUAUCUUAGUAACCCUUUAGUUGAGUUGCCAUAUCCAGGAGAACCGACAAACACUAUGCACAAAAAAAUAUUGAAAAAGAUGGUAGCAGGAGAGGUGAGUUCAAGUUCUACAUUUGUCAAUGAAAUGUAUUCCUCACUAGAACGAGGUUCUACAUCCUCAAUUGAUUCUUAGAAUUCAUGUAAUUUGUUCAUCAAUCUAUCUAGUUUAGAUAUACCAUGUACCACUUAUGAGUUUGAUUAUUUUUUAGAAGCAACUUCAAUUAGUCUUGAACUCUAAAACAUGAGCACACCAAAAUUCGUGUUGUACUUGUAUCUGAUACAUGUUGAGUACUCAAGGCUACGUAUUAGGUAUGUACUUGAUAUAUUUAAAAAAAAGUGCAUACCUAAUUUGGGUACGCAAAUAUAUUUUUUGAUUAUGUAUCAAGUAU